UCACUUUCGUCUCUCAUAUACAUGGAAAAAAUUGAUAAUUUCGAACAAUAUAAAAAUAUGUUAGUCGUUUUAGUAACAGAAACAAUAGCGUCUAUGGAUAAUCUUCAACAUACAUCAAUACAAAAUUUACACGGUAGAUCAGCAAAUUCUGGAAAAACUCCCUUAGCAAAAAUGAAAUUCUCAUCAUUAUGUAACAGACUAAAAGCACACUUGCUAGUCCAUUUAUCAGACGAUGUAGAAAUAUUUGCUGGUGGUCCUCACACUGAGGCUGAACGUUGUGAACAGCAACACAAGUUUAUGCGAGAGCUACUAUGCCAUACUAAUCGCCAUAAUGGUUCAAGAGAUGUAGCAUUAAGAUUUUCGGAAGAAUAUAUGCUACGCCAUAUGUGCCAAGGUGGAUCAUUUAUAAGAGAUUCUUCGGCACCAAUGUAUGCAAUGUGCGGUGAGGGUGUUCUUUUGUCUUAUGAUCCAAUGAUUUUUCGAAGCGAGCUUGAAUUGUUAGACGAUAAUAACAGUAAUAAUAAGCUGACUGUUAGUCUCGCUGCUCUAUUCAGAAAUAUGAACAGCCCAACAAAUGGUCAAACUCUUGGAAGGAUUUCCCAAAAAGCAAACGGUUAUUAUUUCGUUGAAGCUUUUGAAUUUGUGCCGAUAAGAGAUGAACAUCUUGGUUAUUGGUAA